AAUAAGUUAAUUUUUAUUUGAAAUUUUAUUUACAAUUUGUGCCAUUAAAUAUUUAUAAUUUUAAGUCAAUAUAUAUCCAAAAUCAACUUCUAUUUAAUUGAUUAAAGUCUUUUUAUUAACUAAUAAUAUAUUUCUAUAUGUUUCUCUUUUUUUGUCAACAUAUGUUUCUCAUUUAUUCAUCAACAACUGAUUGUUUUGUAAAAUCUCAGGAAUAUAAAGAUGUAUGUGUAUAUAUAUAGUACUAUCAUUUUGUGAAAACCAUAGUGAGGAAAACAGAAUGGAUUCAAUUAAAAAUUUAAAGGAGAUAGCCGCAUAUGAGAAUCUUCCAUGGGAGCUGACUGAAGAGAUACUCUCUCGUGUCUCUCCAAACUCUCUUGUGCGCUUCAGAGUUGUUUGCAAACGAUGGAAAGCUACUUUGGACGACAAGACUUUCAUAUACAAGCACAAGGAGACGUUUCGAUUCAUCCUAACAACAAAAUCAAAGAUUUAUUCUGUAAGCGUAGAUCCCAAGAUAAUCGUGCGUGAAUUAACAUUGGAUAUUCCCGGUUUAGAAUCUCAAAACCCUACAAAGGUGGUUAACUACGACGAGUUCUUGAUAUGUAGCAUGGAUAAAGGAGCAGCAGUUUGUAACCCGUGGUUAAAACAAAGUACAUGGAUUAGCGAACCUAGCUUUACCUUCUAUGGCAUAGGUCGUCUUGAUAGCAAUGGUGGAAGUGAGGAAAGUGUUUACAAAACUAUUUGGGGUUCAGAUACCGGGUGGAAAAUCCAUGACCUUGCCUCAGGUACGUGGAAAGACAUGGAGUCGACAUCCAGUGAUACUAGCGAGGGAGAAAACCAGCCUACAGAGCUACAUUCUCCAAAUGGCGUCUUGUUGAAUGGAACUUUGUUUUGGAUUAUUUUUGCUGAUCCCGUGUACAUCCUAUGUACCUUUCAAUUUUCGAGCGAAGAAUUCUAUGGAUAUUGUAAGCUACCGUGUGGAAUCCAUCCUAGCGAUGUUCUUGUUAUUAACGUCUUUAAAGGAGAUCGGUUUUCGGUGCUAAAGCAGUGUCACAUAACAAAGAAGAUUGAGAUUUGGGUGACCAAGAACAAGGUUAACGUUGAGGAUGGUAAAGAUGUGGUUUGGAUGAAUUUCAUGACUUUUUCAAUACCUAACUUUCCCGGUUUGGUACAGACCUCCUACUGGCAGAAGCCGAGUUACUUCAUCGACAGCAAUGAAAGGCUUGUAUUGUGUUCUUGCGAUGAAACUGGCAAGGCUUGGAUCUAUGUUAUGGGGGAAAACAAGUUGAUCAGCAAAGUCCACUUAGAUUCUGUGGCUGAUCCUUGGCCUUUGCAUUGCACUUAUUUUCCCAGCUUGGUCCCGGUUCCUCGAGGCCUAAGAGAUGUAGCAGAAUCAGAAGUUUAAUUUUAUCAAGUGUUUUUUGUUUGUGUGUGUGUUUCUUCUUUGUUGCAAUUAGAGAUUUUGCUAAGUUUCAUUUACGUAAGGCUUAAGCGUUUGACAGCCUUUUCGUUAAUAAUUUUUACUUUAAUGAUUCUCUCCAUCCAAACCCAAAACCUAACAGUACAACUCUGUGAGGCUGUGUAAAAAGAUCAAUUGUCCAGUGUCUGUAUGCAUACAUCCAAAAACAGCUCGGUCCUUUGUAAAUCGUAACCAAUCUUUCAUAAAAAAAAAUAAGGUUAGAUUUCGAGUCUUUAAUUCUACUCCAUAACUCUUACAAUCAUACGUUGACCAUUUAAACAAAAAAAUCAAAUUACCAGUUAAUGAAAACUAGAAUGUAGAUAAACUUUUUGAGACAAAGGUGAAGGUAAUAAGUAUGUUUUUGGUUGGUAUGAUUAAAAAAACAUAGAGUAAAUGAUAAGAGAAUUAGAGAAUAACCACCCCUAUCCAAAAACAUGGAUGUGUCUUAACAUUAGACGACGAUCCCCCACGCUUAUAAUGGAGUCACAUUACAUAUUUGACAGUUAUUAUUAUGUCAAAGAAA